AUGUUUGGGCAAUUUUGGAAUUCUGCGUACAAGUGCUUCACUUUUGGAGAAGUGGAUUUAGUACCUACCAUAGAGGAAUACACUACUUUGCUCAAGUGUCCAAAAAUUCAGGUCCAGAAGACUUAUGCCCGGGUUUUUAGUAGUCAGACUUUCGUAAAGAAAUUGAUGAGCAUUUCUGGGAUGAGCGAGCCUUGGGCUUUGAGGCACGUGGACGAGGCAGUCAUUAACUUAAUCAAUCGCCUUGAGAAGGGAAUCACACCGGUACCGGCGAUAUUGGCAGAAACGUUAAGAUCUUUGAGCUCAUGUCGGAAGGUGGGCGAAGGAAGGUUCAUUGGAUGUGCACAAUUGUUAAUGGCAUGGUUUCAUGGGCACUUUUGGAAGGUAGACAAGGUUUCCUAUCGGGUCUUUUCUGAGGGUUAUUCCCUGUUAAAAGAAGAGGCAGCUAUACAAAUGAGAGAGGAUAUCUCGGAGGAGAAGUGGAUGGAUAUUCUUCAGAAUUUCAAGGAGGGGGAUAUCGAGUGGAGAGCUUAUUGGAUGGUUCCUAAUGAGAUCAUGUACCGAUGUGGUAACUUUGAUUGGGUACCGUUGUUAGGAAUUUGGGGAGCUACCGGGUAUACUCCAUUACUUGCGUUGAGGCAAUAUAAGUUGAGGCAGUUUGUACCCACGACCUAUGGACUUGCUCAGAGUGAAUUCUCGUUUAAAGGUGCUCGCUAUAAAAAGAGAGUUCGGGAGUUAUCGGAUGCUUGGAAGCAAACUUGUUGGAUGAAGAGGUUAGCUGUCGGUUCCAUGGUAACGCCCAAGUAUAACGAGUGGUUUAAGAAGAGGCUUAAUGAUAAUAUUCCUAGGCCAAGCUUGGAGAAUGCUCGACCUAUCGGGGAACAAUUACAAGUCGCCCCAUCAAAAUUGGAGAUUAUAAGGCAAGAUUUCGAGAAGAAGAGUUCGGAGCUUGGGAAGAAGAUCGAACAAUUGGAGGAAGAGAAGGUGCACCUGAGAUUAGACGCUGAUGUCUAG